GCCAGGAGAGGCCACUGGUGAAGGUGCAGCCUCAGCAGCAGUUGAAGGCCCAGGAUUAAAGGGACCAUGCAGAGAGCCUUUGAGAGGCUAUUGGGGAAAUCCAUCCCAGUUGCAGUAACAUAAGAAGACCACCAAGAAGAGCAACAGCAAUGGAAUGGUGCCUUCUGGAGCUUAGAAGACAAGCUGUGUGUGCUGCAGGGGGUGGGGCUGGAGAAGUGACCCAAGCCCCUUGGAGGAGCCCAGAAGAUCAUCUGCAAAUAUUAAACAAGCCCACAAAAGAGAAACAUGAACACAUGGUACAAAUGUGGGGCAAAGCAGCCAUUGUUUUGUAUCUGUGGGAACAUGUUUUCGAAGGCACUCUUGAUCCCCCGGACAUGACUGCGCAAUGGAGGGAAGGACAGUUGAUUGUAGAAAGAACACAGUACAGCUUCAUCACUGGCCCGGGUGUGGUUCCAGGGUACUCCUCCAUAGACAUGGACAAUGUGGUCCUUGUGUUAAAUGGAAGAGAAAAAGCAAAGAUCUUCCAUGCCACCCAGUGGUUACUUUAUGCACAGAAUUUAAUGCAAACCCAGAAACUUCAGCAUCUGGCUGUUGUCUUGCUUAGAAAUGAAUACUGUGACAAUGACUGGAUAAUGCAGUUCCUCAAAAGAAAUGGAGGCUUUGUGGACCUGCUUUUCAUAACAUACGACAGCCCUUGGAUUAAUGGCGCAGAUGUUUUCCAGUGGCCUUUAGGUGUAGCAACAUACAGAAAGUUUCCCGUGGUUGAAGCCAGCACGUCGAUGAUGCAUGAUGAGAGGCCCUACAUAUGUAAUUUUUUAGGAACUGUCUAUGAAAACUCAUCAAGACAAGCACUAAUGAACAUUUUGAAACAAGAUGGAGGUGGUAAACUUUGUUGGGUUUCUGCAAGAGAGCAGUGGCAGCCUCAGGAGACAAAUGAAAGACUUAAGAAUUACCAAGAUGCUUUGCUUCAGAGUGACCUCACUUUGUGUCCUGUAGGAGUGAACACAGAGUGUUACAGAAUAUAUGAGGCCUGCUCGUUUGGCUCCAUUCCUGUGGUAGAAGAUGUGAUGACAGCUGGCCACUGUGGAAACAUGUCCAGUCACCACAGCGCUCCUCUGCAGUUACUCAAGGCCAUGGGUGCCCCCUUUAUCUUCAUCAAGGACUGGAAGGAGCUUCCAGCCAUUUUAGAAAAGGAGAAGACUGUAACUUUACAAGAAAAGAUUCAAAGAAGAAAAAUGUUAUUUCACUGGUACCAACACUUCAAAACAGAACUAAAGUGGAAAUUUACUAAUAUUUUAAAAAGCUCAUUUUUUAUGAAUAAUAAAGGUUAA